UGUGGGAUUGAGCGAGUCUCAAGAUGGACAACCGGGAUGUUGCAGGAAAGGCAAACCGGUGGUUUGGGGUAGCGCCCCCCAAGUCUGGAAAAAUGAACAUGAACAUCCUCCACCAGGAAGAACUCAUUGCUCAGAAGAAACGGGAAAUCGAAGCCAAAAUGGAGCAGAAGGCCAGGCUGAACCAGGUGGCCAGCUCGCGGCCCCCGCUUCCCGGCGAAAUCGCAAACGCGUUCAACGCAUCCUCCGCUUCCAACAAGUUUGCCAACGACGGCAGCUUCUUGCAGCAGUUUCUGAAGUUGCAGAAGGCGCAGACCACCACGGACACCCCCCCCAGCUCGGCCAGCACCCCCCGCAGCGUGCCCACCCCCAGCGCCGGGAGGCGGCCCCUCCUGCUCAACAAGCGGCCCUCCCUGGGGCUGAGCAGCCCACCCGGCCCGGCCAAGAACUACUCCCACGCCAAGCAGCAACCCGUGGCGACCCGCCUCAGCGUCUUCCAGUCCCCAGAUGAGGACGAGGAGGAGGACGACGAGCAGUGGCUGGAGAUCAAAGUUUCACCCCCAGAGGGAGCCGAGACUCGGAAAGUCAUAGAGAAAUUGGCCCGGUUUGUGGCAGAAGGAGGCCCCGAGUUAGAGAAAGUAGCCAUGGAAGAUCACAAGGAUAACCCUGCCUUCUCGUUUUUGCACGAUAAGAACAGCAGGGAAUUCCUCUACUACAGAAAGAAGGUGGCCGAGAUCAGGAAGGAGGCGCAGAAGCCACAGGCCGCCCCCCAGAAAGUUUCACCCCCAGAGGACGAAGAGGCCAAGAACCUCGCAGAAAAGUUGGCCAGGUUCAUAGCGGACGGGGGGCCCGAGGUGGAGACCAUCGCCCUCCAGAACAACCGGGAGAACCAGGCCUUCAGCUUUCUAUACGAACCUAACAGCAAAGCGUACAAGUACUACCGCCAGAAGCUGGAGGAGUUCCGGAAAGCCAAGGCGAGCCCCAUGGGUGCUGCUACGGCGUCCGGCCCUCCUCCCGAGGCCUCGUCGGAGCCCAUGCCCCCCACCACCGCCUGCCCCGCACCCCCCACGUCCUCCACCGCCCCCACUGCCACCCCAGCCCCCGCUGCCACCACCACCACGAAAAGGAAGCGCAAGAGCCGGUGGGGGCCCGAGGGGGACAAGGUGGAGCUCCCACCCGCCGAGCUGGUGCAAAGGGACGUGGACGCCUCGCCCUCACCGCUGUCAGUUCAGGACCUCAAGGGGCUCGGCUACGAGAAGGGGAAGCCCGUGGGGCUGGUGGGCGUCACAGAGCUGUCGGACGCCCAGAAGAAGCAGCUGAAGGAGCAGCAGGAGAUGCAGCAGAUGUACGACAUGAUCAUGCAGCACAAGCGCGCAGUGCAGGACAUGCAGCUGCUGUGGGAGAAGGCGCUGCAGCAGCACCAGCACAGUUAUGACAGCGACGAGGAGGUGGACAGCGAGCUUGGCACCUGGGAGCACCAGCUGCGGCGCAUGGAGAUGGACAAGACGCGGGAGUGGGCCGAGCAGCUGACGAAGAUGGGCCGCGGCAAGCACUUCAUCGGAGACUUCCUGCCGCCCGACGAGCUGGAGAAGUUCAUGGAGACCUUCAAGGCCCUGAAGGAGGGCCGGGAGCCCGACUACUCGGAGUACAAGGAGUUCAAGCUGACGGUGGAGAACAUCGGGUACCAGAUGCUGAUGAAGAUGGGCUGGAAGGAGGGCGACGGGCUGGGCUCCGAGGGCCAGGGCAUCAAGAACCCCGUCAGCAAGGGCACUACCACAGUAGACGGCGCCGGCUUUGGCAUUGACCGACCGGCUGAGCUCUCCAAGGAGGACGACGAGUACGAGGCCUUCCGCAAGAGGAUGAUGCUGGCUUACCGCUUCCGGCCCAACCCCCUGAAUAACCCCAGGCGGCCUUACUACUGAGUAUCUCAAGAGAAACACAGACGUAUUUUCCAAGUGGUCGUUCCUGGACUGCGGAAUGUUCCAGCAUUCCUGCCUGCUCUCCUGUUGUCGCGAGUGUCGUGUUGUGCAUUAAAGUCCUGGAGCUCACCUGCUCGUGGCAGCCUGGUCCUGCCAGAACCCAGAA